GAAUUCAACACGCAUGUGGGAUAUUUCCCCUUGAUUCUACUCCUCCUUUGAUUGCAUUGAAAGGGAUUCGAUGUUACCAGCUGCUGAAGGUGGACUAACUACGAUCUAUCCCACGGUAAAAAAACCAAAAGAUGAAAAGUUGCCGCUGCAUUUACCACUCUUCUAGCUAAUAAGCUUUGCAUUGUCCAUCUCCUCGAGGGGAAGCUUGUGAAAGCUGCGACCUUAACACGAGUAUUUAAGAUCCUCGCCCAUCCCAGCCUCCACCAGUCCGCCUCUCGCGAAGAACCCGACAUUUGAUCUGAUCACCAUCGUCUCUCGAUGGCCGAAGCAUCAUCAUCCUCAUGUAGAUUGGAUAUCAGAUCCGCCUCCCCCGCACCCAUCUACACCAGAACCACCUCGCGUCCCGCCACCAUUCCCUUCUCGAUCUACACUGCCAAGCUCUUCGUCUACGUCGUCACUACAUGCGUCCUCUUCUUCAUCCUCUCCCAAAUCUCCCUCCUCCGAUCUCAGUCGGCUCAUUCCCCUCGAUGGCCUCUCUCUUUCGUUCACCAAUGGCAAAGCGUCAUCCUCGACGCCACCUACAUCGUCACUCCCGACCCCGACACCCUCACUGCCACCGCCACCACAGCUGAUAAGCUCGAGGCUGCAGCCGAGAGGCUUCGCGAAGCUGUCACCUUCCUCCCGCUCAAGGACCUGCGCUUCGCUGACCAACCCACCGAGGGACACACCUGGUUCAUGAGCUCCCUCAAUGAUACCAGCAUCGGCGGCGGGCCCCAGCACCAGCGCUUCCCGUCGGACAGCUCAAAGGGCCGGGUGCUAUGCCUCAAGGGACGCGACUUCCAUGACGGAUCGCGGAACUACUACGCCCUCGCGUGGCCCGAGGCCCUCCCGCGCGAUGCCAUCUUCAUGAGCGGCCUCACUUUCGUGUCCUACAACCACUAUGACUAUGACAACAUAUGGCACGGCUUGUCGACGAUUUUCCCAUUCGUGGCGUGGCACCAGGGGCAAGGCUGCCGCCGCCUGCCCGAGCGGUGGGUGUUGUACCACUGGGGCGAGCUCCGGCCCGGGAUGGCCCCAUGGCUGAGCAAGCUGAUGGAGGCCACGUUCGGGAAGCCACCGUCGGUAGAAGUGUUUGAUAAAAUCACGGAGGACACCUCCGUCUGCUUCGAGGACGCUGUGGUGACAAGGCACAGCGAAGGAGGGAUGUCUAUGGAGAGAAGGAUCAAGGCCUACGAAUUGUUGAGGUGCAGCGUGAGGAGAUAUUGCAACUUGAGCUCGGAGGUCGAUGGUGAUGGUAACAAGGUUAACACAAUACGUUUGACCUUGUUGAUGAGACGAGGAGCGAGGUCAUUCAGGAACGAGUCGGCCGUGGUCGGAAUUUUCCGGAGGGAGUGCGAUAAGGUUGAAGGUUGUCGUCUCACGGUGGCUCACUCCGAUGAUCUCAGUUUCUGUGAUCAGGUGAAGCUGAUGAGCACGACAGACGUGUUGGCGUCGCCACACGGGGCACAGCUAACCAAUCUGUUCAUCAUGGACCGGAACAGCAGUGUGAUGGAAUUCUACCCGAAGGGGUGGCUGCGCUACGCCGGGGUUGGCCAAUAUGUGUACCGGUGGCUGUCAAGCUGGUCGGGGAUGAGGCACCAGGGCGCCUGGCGGGACCCGGUCGGCGAGGGGUGUCCCUACCCAGAGGGCGACAUCAGAUGCUUCGACACCUACAAGAACGGCAAGAUCGGCCACAACCAAACCCAUUUUAGCGAGUGGACGAGAAAGGUUCUCGGUGAAGUGAAGUUGAGAAAGACUGGAGACACCGUUCUGAAGAGGAAGCAGGACCGGAUCGGUGCUUGUGCUUGCAACUGAUAAUUCGGAUAUAUUGUUUUCAAAUUUUCCAUAACAUACGCCUUUGUUUUUUUUUCUCCAA